AUGGGCGCCACGCUGCCGCGCUCCGCCGCCGACUGGCAGUUCCGCGCCGAGCCGUCGCCGGCCUUCUGCCGCGCCAUGGACGCCGGCCGCUGCCACUGGCCGCAGGGCCGCGCGCUCGGCGGCACCAGCCUGCUCAACGGCAUGCUGUACGUGCGCGGCAACCGGCGCGACUACGACGGCUGGGCGGCGGCGGGCAACGCCGGCUGGUCCUACGACGAGGUGCUGCCCUACUUCAAGAAGUCGGAGGACGCGCGGCCGGCGCGGCUGCGCGCCGACGCGCGCCACCACGCCACCGGCGGCUACCUCACCGUCGACGAGUACCGCUACCGCACGCCGAUGGCGGACGCGCUGCUCGCCGCCGGCCGCGAGCUGGGCUACGACGUCGUCGACUACAACGGCGAGACGCAGUACGGGUUCGCGCGUUUCGCGGGCACCGUCCGCGACGGCUUCCGCUGCAGCACGGCCAAGGCCUUCCUGGAGCCCGCCGCCGACAGGCCCAACCUCGACAUCAGCAUGCACUCCCUCGUCGAGAGACUGCUGGUGGACCCCCAGUCCAAAAACGCCACGCACGUCGUGUUCACCAAGGGCGGUCGCCGCUACACGGUCCGCGCCACCAAAGAGAUCGUCGUCUCCGCCGGCGCCGUAAACUCGCCCAAGCUGCUCAUGCUGUCCGGCAUAGGCCCGAAGGAGCACCUCGACGAAAUGGGCAUCUCCCCGGUCGUAGCGGAUCUGCGGGUGGGAGACAACCUACAAGAUCAAAUCGCACUGGGCGGGCUCCUCUAUCUCGUCGAGUUUCCGGUUUCUCUAGUCGUUCCGCGCCAGCUCAACACCGAGAAUAUCUUUGACUUCCUGCUCCGUAACGAGGGCCCACUCAUGACGACUGGAAUCGCAGAGACCCUCGCCUUCGUCAACACCGAGUACUCAAACGAUACGUCGUACCCCGAGGUGGCGCUGUACCUCUCGGCUGUGCCGGAGACCGUCGACGGCGGCGUCUACGUCAAGGGACUGUUCGGCCUCAGCGACGAGUUCUACAGCGCCGUCUACGAACCGGUGCUCUACCGCGACGGUUUCACCGCGCUGGCCACACUCAUGCACCCCAAGAGCAGGGGAACCGUCCGGCUGAGGGACGCCGAUCCCAGUUCCCCACCGCGUAUCUUCCCCAACUACCUCGCACACCCGGACGACGUCCGGACGCUGGUCGCGGCGGCGAAGUUCGGCGGCAGGCUGAGCGCCACGGAGACGAUGCAGAAGCUGGGCUCCCACGUCAACCCGUACCCGUUCCCGGCCUGCAAGCACCUCAAGCUGAUGUCUGACGAGUACCUGGAGUGCGCGCUGCGCCAGCACACCGUGUCCCUGUGGCACUUCGGCGGCACGUGCAAGAUGGGCCCGGACUCCGACCCCGCCGCCGUGGUCGACCCGCAGCUCAGGGUGCGCGGCGUGAACGGCCUGCGGGUCGCCGACUCCUCCGUGCUGCCGGUGCUGCCCACCGCCAACACCAACGCUCCGACCAUCAUGGUGGCAGAGAAAGCCUCCGACAUGAUACGAGACCACUGGAUCACUCCUGACGAUCUCUUUGGGUAG